AUGAAGGUGUCCGUGUUCGUGUUUGAUGUGCAGAAGCAGCCCGCGCUGGCCGACGUGGCACGCAACACACUGAAGCGGCUCAAGACGUUGCGCCACCCCAGCCUUGUGACCUACCUCGACGGGCUGGAGCUGCCCACCACCUUCUACAUGGUCACCGAGCGCGUGACGCCCCUGCGCGAUGCCCUCCCGGACAUCAAGACCAACGAACACCACCUCUCGUGGGGCCUCUGCCAAGUGCUGAAAGGUCUGCAGUUUCUGAAUGGAGACUGCCAGCUGGUGCACGGCAACGUCACCCUGUCGUCCAUCUUCGUGAGCAAGGCCGGCGACUGGAAGCUGGGCGGCCUCGAGUUCGUCUCCUCGCCCUCCGAGUCCGCUCCCGCGCUCAAGCAACAGCUGGAGCUGGUCGACAGCAGGUAUCACUCGCCCGAGGUGAAGCGUGAUGCGGCGGCGGCCCUGCAGAAGAUGGCGCCCCAUGCGAUCGACAUGUACAUGUACGGCUGCCUCCUCUACGAGGUGUUCAACGGACCCCUCAAGAGCCAGGAGGACCUCACAAGCGCCGUCAUCUCACCGCCAACGUUGCGUAGGCCGGAGCCGGCCCAGCUGGUGGCCACGUGUAAAUACUUCUCCAAUCCGCUCGUCGACGCCCUUCAGUUCCUCGAGAACAUCGCCCUCAAGGACUCCCACGAAAAGGACACCUUCUUCGGCAAACUCGGGAAUCAGAUCGACCACUUCCCCAAGCAACUCUGCACGCAGAAGAUCCUUCCCAGCCUCGUCACCGCCCUCGACUACGGCUAUGCCAACUCGCGAGCGCUGGGUCCGCUUCUCAAGAUCGGCUCCCAACUGCCGCCCGACGACUAUGCCGCCCGCAUCACCCCCAGCGUGGUGAAGUGGUUUGGCUCCACGGACCGGGAGAUGCGCACCAACCUGCUGAGCAACAUCGAGAGCUUCGCCGAGCACCUCACGCCCUCGCUCAUCAACGACAAGAUCUACACCAACCUCGCCCUGGGCUUCUCCGACCUCUCGCCCAAGCUGCGCGAGCUCACCAUCCGCUCCAUCGUCGUUCUCGCCCCCAAGUACUACGACGCCGAGGAGGUGGCCAAGAAGGUGCUCCCCUGCCUGUCCAUGCUCGCCGUCGACAUCGAAAAGCAGGUGCGUACGGCGGCGCUGCAGGGGCUGCGGCUGUUCCUGGAGAAGCUCGAGAAGCACUCCGAGUUGAUGGUCAGCAGCAGCGCUGGUACGGACCCCGCCGGUGGCGACCACUCGGCCGCCUCCGCCAUGCCGGGGGCCGCCGGCGGGGAGGGCAUCCUGGGCUGGGCACUCGGCUCCAUCUCCAAAAAGGCGAACGCCCAAGACGCGGGCGGGUGGGGCGACGACGACGACUGGGCCAAGGAGGACAGCGACGACGGCGGAUGGGGCAACGACGACGACGACGACUGGGGCGGUGUACCUCGCGCCCACGAGGAGGACGAGGCCGACGUCUUUGCGCCGCCCAAGAAGCAGCCCGUGGCCAGCCCCCUGCGACCCGCCGCCACCCGUACUGCGGUCGCUCCGACCUCGCCAUCGGCGGAGAAGAAGGGCAUCCCAGGUCUGCGACGAGCCGAGGCCGCCACCGCCACCGCCAAGCCAUUCUCUUCUGCUUCUUCCUCUUCCUUUAGCGGAGUGGCAGCCAAGCCUGCCGCCGCAUCCGCCACCGCCACGGCCAUUUCUUCGCGCGCGUCGUCGUCGACACGUUCGUUCUCCUUGGCAGCCGCCAAAAAGGUGGAGCCCGCCACGGCUGCUGCUGCUGCUGCUGCUGCUGCCUCGCCUGCACGCUCCUACUCGUCGCCCACCGGCAAGUCGUCGGGCGGCAACGCGUGGGGUGCGAGCGACGACGAGGAAGAGGAGGGCAAGGGCGCGGGCGGAUGGGGCGAUGACGGCUGGGGCGAUGCCGCUGGCGAUGGCGGCGACGAUGACGGCUGGGACUUCCCCGCCGCCGCCUCGCCCUCGGCGGCCAGGAAGAACACCGGUGGGGGGCCAUCACCUUCCUCACCUUCCGCGCCGGCCACCGGCCUUUCCAAGCUCGAGCAGCGCGCCCUCCUCCGCAACCAGAAGAAGAACACCGGCAAGAAAGAUUAA